AUGGUCAUAGUCGAGGACCUCUCCGACGUACCAACAUCACAUGGAGAGGAUGAUGAAUCCUCCUAUGAUGAUGAUGAUUCAUUAACCCCAUCUAUGGUCUUCGACCACAUCAUGGGACCCACAGUGAUACUUCCAUCCCACGAGCACCCUUUUUUCAUAUACGGUAGCAGCAACGCUCACUGCCAGGCAUGUCCAGAACGUAGAGACAGAGAUUUCUUCGGCUACAGCUGCCAUACAUGUGGCUUGACCGUCCACAAAGAAUGUGCUGAAUCAUCGCCAGAGAUUAACCAUCCUUCUCACCAGAGACAUCCUCUCACGCUCAAAAAUGGCAUACCACUAGCUGCUGCUGACGAUAAGUGUCGUCUUUGUGGAGAAAAGCUUGAAAAAUUGGUCUACCAUUGCUCCAUAUGUGAUUUCAGCAUAGAUCUUUAUUGUGCGCGAAAUCCGCUUGAGUUAGUUGUUCACUACCCAAAAGGUCAUGAACAUAUCCUCACUCUCAUGCCAAGGCUCAUACGCUUCACUUGCAAUGCAUGUGGUCUUGAAUCCGACCGAUCUCCUUACGUUUGUCCUCAGUGUGAUUUCAUGAUCCAUGAAUAUUGUAUCUACUUACCACGCGUCAUAAGCAUUAUGCGUCAUAGACAUCGUAUCUCUCGCACUUAUUUUCUUGGUUCUGGAAAUUGGACUUGUGGAGUUUGUCGAAGAAGAGUUGACGGGAGAUAUGGAGCGUAUUGUUGCUCUAUUUGUCCAGACUACGCGGUUCAUUCAAAAUGUGCCACGAGAAGUGACGUGUGGGAUGGGCGAGAGCUUGAGGAUGAGCCAGAAGAAGACGAUGAAUGUGAAGAGCCUUUUUGGGUUGUGAGUGACGGGGUGAUAAAUCACUUUAGCCAUCGAGAGCACGAUCUACAACUCGAGGAUGGUGUUACUACUAAUAUCCAUGGCGAGCAUACUCGUUGUAGAGCAUGCGUUCGUCCUGUCUAUUCUAACUCAUUCUACAGUUGUAUGCAUUGCGAUGAUUUCGUUCUCCAUGAAACAUGUGCUAACCUUCCUCGAAAGCAACGACAUGUGCUGCAGAAUCAUCAACUUACUUUGUACCAUGAUGAUAGCGUAGUCAUGGACUUUCCAAGUACUCGUGGAGUAUUCUUAUGCUCUGCUUGCGACCGACUAUGCAGUGGUUUCAGGUAUGAAUGCUGCAAUAUCAAGUUAGAUGUAAGGUGCGGUUCAAUAUCUGAACCAUUCUUAUACGAAUGCCAUCCACAUCCUCUGUUCCAAACUUCAAUAGGUAGCAAAAUAUGUGUGGUUUGCAAGCAAGAGUCGGCUUAUGUUCUUUCUUGUAUGGACUGCGAUUUUGUUUUGGAUUUCAAGUGUGCUACCUUACCAAAUAGGGUAAGGUACAAAUAUGAUAUAAAGCCUCUUAGUUUAUGCUACGAUGGAGACAAGGACAUGACCGGUAGUUACUGGUGUGAGAUAUGCGAGGGAGAAAUGGAUCCGAAGGUAAUGUUCUACACUUGCGAAACUUAUGGCUCGACUAUUCAUAUUCAUUGUGUACUCGGAGACUUCAGAUAUGUGAAGCCUCGACUGCAUUUUGAAUUCAAUGGAAAAAAAUGGAAAGUGGCUUUGAAUGGUAUAAAUCGACCAGGAUGUUACAAGUGUGGCUUUCGUUGCAAAGGGCCCUUCGUUGCAGUAAGGGUAGACUAUGAUAAUGGUGUUGUUUGUUCUCUUUUAUGUUUAUGGAAAGGAGAUACUAUCGAAUUUCUAAGAAUAAUAGACUAA